CCACCGAGUGAAGUAUGAAACCGACAGCUGAUAGUUUAGUUCAUUUCGGUGAUUCGUAGAGCAAAGCAGCAGCAUUGGCAAGCGUCUAAAGUUUAAAAACAUAAAAAGUGUCAAAUAAAAUAAAAUCGUAGAAAAAUGAGUGAUGCGCUAAAAAUCAUAAGUGCAGUUGUGCUCCCCAAUAUUGGUGGUGUCAUCAACGGUAUAAUAACACGCAAAAACAUUCAGUCAUGGUACAAAAAUCUGAACUUCCCAUCAUACCGGCCACCAAACUGGAUAUUUGGACCGGUCUGGACAUCGCUAUACUCCGGCAUGGGCUAUGCCUCAUAUCUGGUGUGGCGCGAUGGAGGCGGCUUCAACGGUGAGGCACAGCUACCGCUGAUUGCGUACGGCGCACAGUUGGCACUCAAUUGGGCAUGGACUCCAAUUUUCUUUGGACAACGUAAUAUCAAAGGCGGUCUCAUCGACAUCAUUGCGUUGACUGCAACAUCAACAGCUUGUGGCAUACUCUUCUAUAGGGUGAAUCAAGUGGCUGGUCUUUUGUUCGUCCCGUACAUUGCUUGGCUGAGCUUCGCAACUGUGCUCAAUCAUGCCAUGUACAAAUUGAAUCCAGAUAGCAAAGCUGUGGCCGCUUCAGCCGGUGAGGAGAAAAAGGUUGACGUAUGAUGUCAUUUUACGGCUGCCUCCUCCGCUGCAAGUAUGGCAAUGCAUCCAUUAACUAUGUUGCAUUUAGCAGUACACACAUGUUCAACAACUUAAAAUUAACAAUUAAACUAUACGAAAAUGAACUCUAUAUAUGUAAAUUAGAUAUAAAUUUGUUAAACGAUCGAUGUCAAUCUGUAUUAUGAAAAUCUGUAUGUAAGCUCACCAGCACAAAAUAAUUCCAAUACUAUUUUAUAUGUACAUAUGUAUACACACAAGUUGCCUAAAUAUAUUGAACAGCUGCCGGUGGUUAAAUAAAAUAUUGUUUAAGUUAUAAACAUUAAGUCAGGAAUGUUAAAUGGUCAAAAUUGUUACAAAGCUCAAAAACCGCUUAUUCGUGUGAAAAUGUUUCAAUAAAAGAUAUUUGGUUUAAAAAAUAA